AUGAAGGCUAGAGAUAGAAAACCGGCUGUCAAACAACAGCUGAUAUCGAGCUUUUUUGCUAACGUUCCGGCUAAAAAACCAUUGACUACUCCUGAAAAAGUGGUGGCUGGAAGGUCCAACUCUAGGCUCUCUGCUAUUACCAGUACCAAGGGAGCGUUUGAUGAGUUUGGCUCGUCAGAUACGUCGUUUGGGUCGCCAGAAAUGACAAACUUCAGCAACCCGCUACUUUCGAAAUUGUCUCGGUCAGACUCGACUACUGGUCUGCCUGAACGGCCCAGAUCGAAGUUUGCCCUGCCUAAAGAGGACUUGUUUGUUGUGGCUGAUUCUGAUGAUGAAGAUAAGGAAAAUAAUACUCCACGGUCAACCAGCCCGGUAAAGCAAAUUCCAUUAAAAAGAGCAGGCUCCUCCAACUUGUCUGAAAUAUUCAAUGGCGCAAGAAAGCCCACCAAAAGGCCUGCUUCCCAGGUUCAAGAACCGACCUUCCCACCCAGAGAACCUCAAAGUGGAGAGAUCAGACUAAGUGACGAACAAAGAGCAAUUCUUGAACACGUCAUUAUCAGGGGAGAAAACGUCUUCUUUACUGGUUCUGCCGGUACUGGUAAGUCGGUUGUCCUACGCUACUUGGUCCAAGCAUUGUAUAGAAAGCAUGGCAUGUUUAGCGUGGGUGUCACAGCAUCUACAGGGCUAGCAGCAUGUAAUAUUGGUGGCCAGACUUUACAUAAAUAUUUAUGCAUUGGUUUGGGAACAGGGGAUCCACAAGAGUUGGCUAAGAAAAUCCUGAGGAAACCAGAAUCUCAACGGGCAUGGAAGAACACGAGAGUGCUCAUUAUAGAUGAGAUCCUGAUGAUUGAUGCCAAGCUAUUUUCGAAAAUAGACCAGAUUGCAAAAAUUAUAAGAAAAUCAAGGGAACCUUUUGGCGGAAUGCAAUUGGUUUGCACCGGUGAUUUCUUCCAGCUUCCACCAGUAUCAAAAGAUAACCUGAGCAAAUACUGUUUCAAGAGUCUCGCAUGGAAGAGGGGAAUUCAGCGUACAAUCACACUCACACAAGUCUUCCGUCAGAAGGGUGAUACUCAAUUGAUUGAUAUGCUUAAUGCGUUGCGUCAUGGUGAUUUGGCUCCCGAAAUGGUGGCCUUAUUCCACCUGCUUCUGAGAAAGGUCCAUUAUACAGAUGGCAUUGAACCCACAGAAUUGUUCCCCACGAGACAAGAAGUGAAGCGGGCCAAUGAAUGGAGGUUGCAUCGACUUCCAGGAAAACUACAAAGAUUCCACGCUAUAGAUAACGUGAAGGAUGGCUAUUUGACGAAAUUAUACGAUAAUCUAAUGUGUGAACAGAGCCUCGAUCUAAAAACCGGCUCUCAGGUUAUGUUUUUGAAGAACCACGACAGUGUUGUUAAUGGAUCGAUUGGCACAGUCUUGGGUUUUAUGCCAGAUAGUCUCUGGCUGACUGUGGGCAUUACCUUUGGCUUUCGUGAGGCGAUAAACCCUUGUCCCGAGUACUGCGACGCUGUUCGACUUAUUUGUGACUUAAUUGGAAGAAGCGACUAUACAGAUGAACAAAGGGCGAUAUAUGAGAGUCUACCUUUAUUCUGGAGGUCAAAGAUGGAGAAGAUCGUGGUCAAAGCUUUCCAAGUGCCCCCGGAGGCAGAGGCUUUGCCAAUUGUGAUGUUCAAAACUCCCGAUGGAUUUAAAGUGACGAAGGUUGACCGUGAGGAUUUCACGGUGGAUCAAGUUCCAGUCAAAGGGCCAGAUGGCAAGACAGAGCUCAUGAAGAGGACACAGCUCCCCUUACUCUUGGCAUGGGCCAUGUCUAUCCAUAAAGCACAGGGCCAGUCCAUCGACAGACUCAGAGUUGAUCUAAGGAAAACAUUCGAAAAAGGUCAAGUGUAUGUGGCGCUUUCUCGUGCUACUAGUAAAGAUCGCUUGGAAAUCUUGAACUUUGACCAUCGACGCAUCUCUGUCUCCGAUGAAGUUCGUAAAUGCGAUGGACAAGAAGUGUGUAAGCACUGUCGAAAAUAUAAUCUUAAGUGUGAAAGGCCAGAUGAUGAUAAUAGAAGUAUAAGGUUGACAACAACAGAGACCCAAAAACUCCGAGGCUUGGUGUCGCUGCUUCAAGGCACCUUGUCCAGGGUUCAUAAUGUGGCUUUUCAACAGAAUCAGUUAUCCAAUGCUACCGUGCUCGAGGAGAUACGGCGACUCUUACAGCCAUCGGUAAAGAGGGAGGGUGAGAAUGUUGAUGUGCCUGCUAAAAGGAAACUUCCAGUGUCGAUUGGUGCUACUAGUGGAGGUAGUUACUCGAUCUUUGGUCCUACAUCGGCAUUUUACAAUUUGGUGGAUAUGUCAAACAACUCUGAUUCGGCUGAUCCUUUUGAUAAUAUGCUCAUGAACUCGUCUUCGUUGAUAACAUGUCUUGAAAACUUCUUUAAAUAUCAGUAUCCCGAUAUUGCUACAUUCAUUCACAGAGAGAGUUUUCUUAAUGACUUUUUACAUCCACUGAACUUCAAGGGAUACUGUUCAGAGGAGCUUAUCUAUGCCAUCGCUGCAUUGGGCGCAAAAUGUUCAGAUGACGAUAAUUUACGAAGCCUGGCUGGUUCAUACUUCGAAACAUCGAAAUCUAAGAUCUUCUCAAAGAAAAUCUGUGUCCCUCAUGUUAACACAUUACAAGCUUUAUUGUGUCUCUCGCUAUAUGAGCUCGGUGAUGGUAAUGCCUCUGCUAGUUGGAUGUUGUCUGGGAUGGCAUUUAGAAUGGGUUACGACUUGGGUUUUCAGUUGAAUCCUCAGGAGUGGGCCAUUGAACAAGGCGCUGAUGAAGCCCAUCCUGCUAUCAUUAACAAUAUGGAUGUGAUGGUUCGUUCUCGUGUCUAUUGGGGCUGUUUUGUGUUUGAUCAUUUUGUAAGUCUUCUUAUGGGCCGUCCGGUAACGGUUAGGAAAUCUGAAGCCACCAUCCCAUCGAGUGAACAUCUCCCCAAUUCUACUGAUAUCGAUAACUUCAUUUUUCAGCCCACAAAUGAUCCCCAUAGUGUGGCCAACAUAGAUGCAUCACAAUCUUUGGUAUCCUUAUGUUCCUUGAGUGAAUGCAUUGGCCUGAUUCUUUCGGAAGUGUUCUCUAAGGAUUCUGCUGGUGACGAUAUGUCUUACCUUACGAGGCGAAAGAUUCAGGAUUUCAAUCUGUAUUUGGAAGAGUGGAGAAGCAAGAUUCCUACAGAAAUGAGAUGGAACAGAGCCACGUUGAAGAAGCAGAACUACAACCCUACACUGCUGAACUUCCGUCUCUACUACUACAUUUUGGUCCUUUGUUUGAACAGACCAUUCAUGAAUACCAAAAUUGAAGACAAUCUGUCGCAUUCCUUGUGCAACAAUGCCGUUUCUGAGUUGGCUAUCUGUCUUGACAAAUUCAACAUGUCUGGGCUCCCGCCUUCAAUUCUUGUUGUCUACCUGUCUAUUCUUGGAAUCAGUGUGGCGUUGUUGAAAAUUCAUUCCAAUCGUGACGCACUUGUGGCAGACCAUGACAUUGAGAACUUGAAAGUAUACUACACAACCAUCUCCAGAUCGUGCCAAAACUGGAAACUAGCAACACGGUCGCUUCUCUACUUGAAGAAAAAAAUCGCCGAACUAGGACUCAACGAUCUUAACAAAAUUUUCGAAUCUGCCGCUGAAGCUUACCAAGAGAGCCAUUCCCAAGCAGACUGGGAUCACCUCUUCGACGGCAUGGACGCCAAUAUGGACUGGGCUUUAUCUGACAAUGUCUUUUCCAACUUCUUCGACUUCCUCAACACCGACGACGUCACCCGAGUCAACAACUAA